AUGACAGAAUCUGUAGACGCGUUCGAGUUGGAGCGCUCGUUGUUCAGCGAGAAGGGCGUGUGGCUCUACCAGGUUCCAGCAGGUCAAGUGACGAGUCUGGCGCCACGUGCUGAUGCGUGGGACCCGGAGCAUCCGUUUCUCACAGGGUCGGUGCGAGUCUUGCAAAAGGGCGACGCUUGCUUCGUUCAGCUCUUUGAACCUGUAGCAGAAGAUGCCGAGACUACUGCAACCCCCACACUGUUCGCUCAGUGCCCUUUGCAGAUAGCACGCGAGCUGUCACUAGACGUAUACGUACACGACUGCGUGGAUUCAUCACGCUACUUCAUGCUGCGUGUAGAGGACGAGCAGACCAAACGUCGCGCCUUCGUGGGCAUCGGCUUCCCAGACCGCACAGCGGCGUUCAACUUUAAGGCUACACUGCAGGACUACGCUAAGUACGCACUGAGGCAGCUGGAAGUGCAGUAUGAGACUGCAGAAGCCGAGACGUCGACAGGUGAACGAGUGUCCCCUAAGAAGGACUUGAGUCUGCCGCAAGGAGCAACGAUCCGGAUAAACCUCAAGACCAACGGCAUAGAAGAUGGAGAGAGAAGUACACGGCUUCGAAGCAGCGGUGAAAUGUGUGCAGUGAGUCCAGCCAAGGUGCCACUUAUCCCGCCACCACCAAGAGACUCACCUUCGUCGACGGUGAAGGUUCCAGCCAUUGCACCUCCACCCGCAGUGGCGGCGGAUGAUGAAGAUUGGGGAGACUUUACGUCAGCUUAG